AGAGAGAAGUGCCGGGUCGUGCGCUGCGUUCGUGCGUGCGUGCGUGCGUGUGGUGCGAGCGUGGUCGUGCGUGUGCGAGCGUGAUGUGAGGCUCACGCCAUGAGGCUGAGCGUGUGCAGUGGGUGGCAGUGCGUGCCCCCGAACGUCCCCGACCAUGAGGACUACCUAGCGAACCCUUCGGACCCUUCGGACCCUGUGGACCCUGUGGACUCUGCGGACCCUUCGCUCGUGACCCCUUUCAACCCUUCGCUCCGCAGGACUAUCGCUGACAGGAGACUCUGCCGGACCGCCCCGCGGACGCAUAUUGCAGCUGCCCUGGGGCUGGCCAUGCUCCUGGCGUGCUCCUUGGCGUCGCGGCCCACGCAGGCCCGCGCCCCGUGGCAGAACCCGUGCGGCACCUCCGUCGCCCUGGCCCCCAUGGCCUCCCCCGCGCGGCAGCCCCGCCCCAACCGGACGAACAACGCGGCCAACGCGGCCAGGACGCAGGAUUUCGACUGGACCUCGCCCUCCAUGGACGGCGGCAAGAGCUGGAGCCUGCGCAACGUGCGGAAGCUGAUCCGCAUCGCCAAGGACCACCUGCGGCACCGCAAGAAGCACAUCCACCAGGUGUACGCGUCCGUCAAGGUACUCACCAACAAGUACUCCUUCGACUGGCUGCCGCAGGAGCAGAUCCCGUGGUACCGAUCCGAGAUCACCUGCCUGGACCGCGACACGCAGGCCGCCCUGGUGCUGCCCGUGCUGCGCUCCGCGCUGCAGAACUUCUCGGCCACGUUCGUGGAGCUGCAGAAGGCCAGGCGGUGGACCAUCGACAGCCAGGGGAACCGCUCCCUCAUCAUCGGCGAGCUGGCCAACCACGUCGAGAGGAUGCUGUGCGAGGUGGAGACCGCCAUGCAGGACAGGUCGCUGACGCUGCCCGUGACCGGGCUGCCCCCGGACGGGCUGGCGGGCGUGGAGCCGUCGCGGCUGAACCCCGACCCGGACGAGACGAGCGCGCUCAUCCAGGACUGGGGCGUGGUGUCCGCCUACACCAACGCGCUGCACGGCUGGGCGCUCAUCCUGCGCGAGCUGGGCCACGCCCCCAAGAUUGAGUAUUGGUGUAGAAUUCUUACCUCAGCUGAUUUUAUGUCGUUGUCAACUGAGCAAUGUCAAAACUGUGAUUUCUAG